GCAGUGCCACUUACCCGGCAUGGAAUUGGUGGGUUUCUUGUGUGUGGCCGUGGCUGUCCUGACUUGGGGCUUCCUCCGGGUUUGGAACUCAGCGGAACGAAUGAGGUCUCCGGAGCAGGCGGGCCUGCCGGGAGCCGGAAGCCGGGCCCUUGUAGUGAUCGCGCACCCGGACGAUGAAGCCAUGUUCUUUGCUCCCACCAUGCUAGGCUUGGCACGCCUGGAGCAGCAGGUGUCCCUGCUCUGCUUCUCCUCAGGAAACUACUACAAUCAAGGUGAGAUUCGAAAGAAAGAGCUUCUGCAAAGCUGUGCUGUGUUGGGGAUUCCACCUUCCCGUGUAAUGAUUAUUGACAAGAGGGACUUUCCGGAUGAUCCAGAAGUGCAGUGGGACACGGAGCUCGUGGCCAGCACCCUCCUUCAGCACAUACAUGCCAAUGGCACUGACCUGGUGGUGACUUUUGAUGCAGAAGGAGUCAGUGGUCACAGCAACCAUAUUGCUUUGUACAAAGCUGUGAGGGCCCUGCACUCAGGAGGGAAGCUGCCUAAAGGGUGCUCCGUGCUCACGCUCCAGUCUGUGAACGCGCUUCGGAAGUACGCCUUCCUCCUGGAUCUGCCCUGGACUCUGCUGUCACCCCAGGAUGUUCUCUUUGUGCUCACCAGCAAAGAAGUGGCACAGGCCAAGAAAGCCAUGUCCUGCCACCGCAGCCAGCUCCUCUGGUUCCGAUACCUCUACGUCCUCUUCUCCAGAUACAUGAGAAUCAACUCACUGCGGUUCCUCUGAAGCCUUGGAGAGUGGUCAGACCCUCAGAACAAGAGGGAGAAGCAGAGCAAGAAGUCGUCUGGCCAGGCUUUGGGCUGAUUUACCUGCCUGACCCAGGGAAACCCCAGCAAAGCAGCGUCUGCCAAACAGGGACCACAUGAAGGAUGGGUCACCCCAACCCAGCUUCCUCUUCUGAGGAAAACCUGCCAAAACCAAGCCUACACCAACACAAUAGUAGCCACCCCACUAAUUUACCAAUAGUUUGCAUGAUAACAGAGUUUGCACCAGACAUCCAGCAAAGCCUAGGGAAGUUGUCUUUACCACAAAUGUGUGUAAAUGUGCCAUAGAACUAGUUCACAGGUGUGAUGUUUACAUGGUUUCCAGACCAGGCUGUUUUGGUCAGUCUUCUGUUCCUGUAGCUGAAACACCGCUCACAGGGCAUCUGCAGAGCUGCGGUUUUCUUGGAUCACAGUUCUGAAGCCUGUGAAGUCCAAGAGCAUAGCAGCCUCUACAUGACCGCGGUGAGGGGCAUCCCGCUGCAUCUCAAAGGCAAAGGCAGUCAGUCAGAAAGAGCCCAUGAGCCAAAGAGUUCCUUUAGAACAAAGCCACGCCUACAACAAAUAACCCUGUCACUUCCAAAAGGCCUCACCCUAAACACUGGGGCUCUGAAGACACAUGAAUUCCAGGGGACACAGCCAAACCCUAGCACAGGUUCAUCCAGACACCCCUCUCCCCUCCCCCCACAGUCUUCAGGUGCUUCAAACUAUUCCUUGGGUUUUUAUUUGUGUCCCCUUAUGAGAACUUUACAGUCUAGAGAAGCUGUACCUUAUCAUCAUGGUGGUUCUGCUGUGUGUGGAGAUGAUCCUGUGGGUCCCCCCUUUAAGGAGCCAAUAAACACCUUGGUUCUCUGCCUUUUCACAGUAGGAGCUGGGCCCACACCUUUAUAUAUAUACUUUUUUUUUUUUUUUAAGAUUUAUUUGUUAUAUGUAAGUACACUGUAGCUAUCUUCAGACACUCCAGAAGAGGGCAUCAGAUCUCAUUACAGAUGGUUGUGAGCCACCAUGUGGUUGCUGGGAUUUGAACUCAGGACCUUCUGAAGAGCAGUCGGCGCUCUUAACCACUGAGCCAUCUCGCCAGCCCAUAUAUACUUUUUUUAAAAAGAAAAAGAAAGAAAUGGAAAGAAAAUACAAACAUUAUUCUGAUAGUGAAAUAUUGAACCAGUACAAAAUAAAUAAAAUAUGGGAAGCUGGGUGUAGUAGUAUAUGCCUUUAAUCCCAGCAUUCAGAAGACAGAGACUUGUGGAUAUCUCUAAGUUUGUGGCCAGCCUGGUCAACAUAGUGAGUUCCAGGACAUCCAGAGCUACAUAAUGAGUUUCUUUAAAAAGUAAAAAAAUAACCUCAAAUAGUUAUUCUAAUAGGAUGGAUAGUGAUAAAACCACGUUUACAUAAAGCAGUAUACCCACAUGUAAAAAUCUACAUGAUAAUGAACAAAUAGUGUUCUUAGCCUGCUUUGUUUGGGGGAAGAAGUGUAUUUCCAUAGCCACAGGUGUAAGCAAGCAGAGCUUUGCCCAUGCCUGUGGAGCCUGUCUCUGAAGAGUCCUUUUGUACUGUGUUCCUGCACUGAGCCCUCUGCAAGGCCGAUUCGCUGAUUAGCAACGACACAGAAGUUGAAAGGCUGCAUGUCCAGAACCAAGUUAUAUUGGGGUGUCCUUAGACACCUUGCAAACUGUCUGCUCCCCACUUCUGUAUCUGACCUAGCAUCUUUGUGACCGUUGGGUAAACACUUGGGAAUAUAGAAGCAGCUGCCUAGUUCCCACCAACCAAAGGCUAGGGAUUCUUUCAGAUAGCAUCUGAGGCGUCCAGCUGAGAUGCCUUCCUUCCCUGUGAUCCACCUACCUGAUGUUCCCACUGUGUGUGUGAGAAGUGCCCAUGUGUGACUGUGUGUGUGAGAAGUGCCCAUGUGUGACUGUGUGUGUGAGAAGUGCCCAUGUGUGACUGUGUGUGUGAGAAGUGCCCAUGUGUGACUGUGUGUGUGAGAAGUGCCCAUGUGUGACUGUGUGUGUGAGAAGUGCCCAUGUGUGACUGUGUGUGUGAGAAGUGCCCAUGUGUGACUGUGUGUGUGAGAAGUGCCCAUGUGUGACUGUGUGUGUGAGAAGUGCCCAUGUGUGACUGUGUGUGUGAGAAGUGCCCAUGUGUGACUGUGUGUGUGAGAAGUGCCCAUGUGUGACUGUGUGUGUGAGAAGUGCCCAUGUGUGACUGUGUGUGUGAGAAGUGCCCAUGUGUGACUGUGUGUGUGAGAAGUGCCCAUGUGUGACUGUGUGUGUGAGAAGUGCCCAUGUGUGACUGUGUGUGUGAGAAGUGCCCAUGUGUGACUGUGUGUGUGAGAAGUGCCCAUGUGUGACUGUGUGUGUGAGAAGUGCCCAUGUGUGACUGUGUGUGUGAGAAGUGCCCAUGUGUGACUGUGUGUGUGAGAAGUGCCCAUGUGUGACUGUGUGUGUGAGAAGUGCCCAUGUGUGACUGUGUGUGUGAGAAGUGCCCAUGUGUGACUGUGUGUGUGAGAAGUGCCCAUGUGUGACUGUGUGUGUGAGAAGUGCCCAUGUGUGACUGUGUGUGUGAGAAGUGCCCAUGUGUGACUGUGUGUGUGUGAGAAGUGCCCAUGUGUGACUGUGUGUGAGAAGAGCCCAUGUAUGAUUGUGUGUGUGUGUGAGAAGAGCCCCUGAGUGACUAUGUGUGUGAGAAGUGCCCACGUGUGAGAAGAACCCAUGUAUGACUGUUGUGAGAGAAGUGCCCGUGUACGAUUUAAGUAGGGCUUCUGCUAUAAAACUUCAUGGAACUGUUUCCACAUUGGGACAUGGAACUGGGGUGACCUGAAUGUGUGUCCUGGGACACCAGCACAUAUUGCAUCCCAGGAUAAACUACCUCACAUCUCUUUGAAGUGAGAACUGUUAUUUUGUUGACAAUACCCCUUGAGGGUUUUUUUUUUAUGAUAUAUACACAGUACAACCUAUGAAAAAUGUUUUCAAAUCUGAGACAUUAAAAAGACACAUAGAAGAACUA